UCUCUCACAAACGAUCCUCACCGGCCUCAUCGCAGACCCCUACGCCGCAAGCAGACUCAUAAACUUCUCUACUCGCUCCGCUCUCGUUCCCUUCCACUAUUCCCUCCAAAUCUUCAAUCAUCUUCACAACCCCAACGCCUUCACAUGGAACACCAUCAUGCGCGCCCAUUUCGAACUCCAAAACAACCCCCACCAAGCCCUCACACUCUACAAGCUCUUCCUUGCGAAACACGCAAAACCCGAUAACUACACCUACCCAACUCUCCUUCAAUGCUGCGCUGCCCGGGUGUCCGAGUUCGAGGGAAGGGAGCUGCACGCACAUGUCGUGAGGUUUGGUUUCCAUCAAGAUGUGUACGUCUGGAACACACUGAUAAACUUCUAUGCAAUAUGUGGGAGCAUGCCCAGUGCGCGCCAGGUGUUUGAGGAAAGUCCUGUGUCGGAUGUUGUCUCUUGGAAUACUGUUUUGGCGGGGUAUGUUCAGGCGGGAAAUGUGGAGGAGGCGGAACGUGUGUAUAGGGGAAUGCCGGAGAGGAACACCAUUGCUUCGAAUUCCAUGAUUGUGCUCUUUGGAAGGAAGGGGUGUGUGGAGAAGGCGCGGCGGAUUUUUGAUGAAGUUCGAGGGAGGGAUAUGGACAUGGUGUCGUGGAGUGCGAUGGUUUCUUGUUAUGAGCGGAAUGAGAUGUGUGAAGAGGCGUUGGUUUUGUUUGUGGAGAUGAAGGCGAGUGGGGUGGCAGUGGAUGAGAUCGUUGUGGUUAGUGUUGUAUCCGCGUGUUCGCGAAUUUUGAAUGCUGAGAUGGGGAGGUUGGUGCAUGGUUUGGCGGCGAAAGUUGGGGUUGAAGAUUAUGUUAGUCUCAAGAAUGCUUUGAUACAUUUGUACUCUAGUUGCGGGGAGAUAGUGGAUGCGCAAAGAAUUUUUGAUGAUGGUGGUGUUCUUUUGGAUCUAAUAUCUUGGAACUCGAUGAUUUCUGGGUACUUGAGGUGUGGUUCGAUUGAAGAUGCUGAGAAGUUGUUUUAUUCCAUGCCGGAGAAGGACGUUGUGUCUUGGAGUGCCAUGAUAUCUGGUUAUGCUCAACAUGAAUGUUUCUCGGAGGCUUUGGCAUUGUUCCAAGAAAUGCAGCUUCAUGGGGUCAGGCCAAACGAAACUGCUUUAGUGAGUGCCAUCUCGGCUUGCACUCAUUUGGCUGCUUUGGACUUAGGGAAAUGGAUUCAUGCAUAUAUAAAUAAAAAUAAAUUACAGGUUAACACUAUACUGAGCACCACUCUUAUAGACAUGUAUGUGAAAUGCGGGUGUGUGGAAAAUGCAUUGGAGGUUUUCUAUGCGAUGGAGGAAAAGGGGGUUUCUACCUGGAAUGCAAUCAUUCUUGGGUUGGCAAUGAAUGGUUUGGUAGAACAGUCACUCAACAUGUUUGCAGAUAUGAAAAAAAGUAAUACACUUCCUAAUGAGAUAACAUUUAUGGGAGUUCUUGGGGCCUGUCGGCACAUGGGCCUAGUCGAUGAGGGGCGUCACUACUUUAGUUCCAUGAUCCACGAACACAAAAUAGAGCCUAAUAUUAAGCACUACGGAUGCAUGGUUGAUCUUUUUGGACGUGCAUGUUUUCUUAAAGAAGCGGAGGAACUGAUUGAGAGUAUGCCAAUGGCACCUGAUGUUGCCACUUGGGGUGCCUUGCUUGGGGCUUGUAGAAAACACCAUGACCAUGAAAUGGGAGAGAGGGUGGGCAGAAAACUUAUUCAGCUUCAGCCUAACCAUGAUGGUUUCCAUGUAUUAUUGUCAAAUAUAUAUGCUUCAAAAGGAAAUUGGGGCAAUGUUCUCGAAAUUAGGGGAAUUAUGACACAACAUGGGGUGGUAAAGACACCUGGUUGUAGCAUGAUUGAAGUAAAUGGGAUAGUUCAUGAAUUUUUGGCUGGAGAUAAGACUCACCCACAAAUAAGUGAUAUUGCGCACAUGUUAGAUGAAGUGGCAACAAAACUAAAGAUUGAGGGCUAUGUACCUACCACAAGUGAGGUUUCACUAGACAUAGACGAUGAAGAGAAGGAAACUGCACUUUUCAGGCACAGUGAGAAACUUGCAGUCGCCUUUGGGCUUAUCACUAUUGCUCCACCAACUCCAAUCAGAGUUAUGAAGAACUUGCGCAUUUGUAAUGAUUGCCACACUGUUGUAAAGUUAAUCUCCAAAGCAUUUGAUCGUGAAAUUGUGGUAAGGGAUCGUCAUCGCUUUCACCACUUUAGGCAUGGAGCUUGUUCCUGUAUGGACUUUUGGUAACAAAGCAUCCUGGCUAUUAAAGUGAGUGAGUAUUUUACGUUUCAGGAACAUACACUCAAUUUUUCAUGGUUGACUCAAAUAUCAAGCUAUGGAAUCAAAUUUUGUUCAUUUUUGUGAUCUUGUUGGUAAAGAAUGACGGAUAAGGAGUACCUUCUAGUCCAGGAUAAUAUCACUACAAGAUUCCUGAAGAGAAAUGAUUUAUGGCAAUGUUAAUUGAGUUUGCAUUCAGCGAUUGGUCUCUGGGAAAGUUUGCAAAAUUCCAAAAAUUCUCGUUCAAUCACCAUCAUCUCUGGUUCAAUGGCCAUUCCUGAGCAGUUGAGUUAUUACAGGAACUCAUCUAUAGUACUUGUUUUUUGAACCAAGCUCUUUCCUUAGGCUUGUAAUAGGUUUCUUGGACUAACGGAAUAAGUUUUCUGGGUGAGUGAUGGAUGGAGACCUUCUUGGAUCAACGAGGGGGGGGGGUCUGACUCUUUGAAUAAGUUCCUUGGUUGAUAAGCUUUCACAUGGAUUAGGCACGACUAAGAAAGGUUGAUAAUGGUUCUUGAGAUCAAGAACUUGCAGUAGUGCUGCGGAAGCAAAGAGGAGAAGAAGGAGCAAGGAUGCUUCUUGGAUUAGUUCUUGGCUUUCUUUUGGCUCAAGAAGGCCUCGACAAACGGGUGGUAUUCUUGGAGUUUGAUGAAGGUUUGGAUGUACUUGAACAAGGUAACUGAGAGGUUUUUAGGUGGUGGGGUGGUUUUUACGUAGAAUUGUUUAAAUUGAGAUUUUAGGUGCUGAUAAUUGAAGGUGCAGUACAUUUGAGAUGAUAUGUUCAGCUGGUGAUUUUAGUGCUGUGAAAGUAUGUGCAGUGAGCAGUCGGUCCAGUGACAUAAGUUGCUGAAGGAAGUGUGUUGAACCUGACCAGCGGUAUUUGAAUGCUCACAUGAGAAGCUUGCCAGAGAAGUUGACCAAGACUUGAAACCUGCUGAUCCUGAAAUGAUGACCUGCUACCAACUUUGAAGAACUCCAAUAGACAGAUUCUGCACUUUGAAGAAACCUGCGCCAGCCAGAAGCUUUUGAGGAGAGCUGCCCUUGUUACUUGCUACUUUAGGUGAUUUGUAUAGUUAGACUAGGCAAGUCUAGGUAGUUUGUACAUAAUUUUUACUUGCUAUUGCCAGUUCCUGUGACCAGUUCUAGGCUCUUUUCAAGUUCUGGUUUUUGAGAACAAAUUUGAUCAUUCUACGUGGUUUGACAGUUCUUAAUUCAUCUCAUGCAUAUUCUUAGUCAUUCAAAUAUGUCUCAUUCAUUUGCAUUGUAAUAUCUCAAUACCAUUACAUUUCUUGGGCACAAAUCGAAGCCUGUGAUAUUAUUGUAA